GUAAGGAAAUUUCUGUGCAUCUCUUUGCCUAAAUCUAAACGUAGUAUAAUGCAAAAGGCUAUUGUUCUUUGCCUAAUUCUCUCUCGCAUGUGGGUAUGUGGAGAAACAGAGAAUGGUCAACAGUAUUGUAUCUAGCUUAAUAAAUUUUCAAUUUGAGGAGUCACCAAAAUGGCGAAAAGCUCCCUCCAUGACUAUGGAGAGAAUGGUUAAAGAAAUUGUAAAAUUCCAAGAAAAGUGGGAAAAGCAUCAAGAGCAUUUCGAUAAGAAAACUGUUCAGAAGGCGCUUCUUCAAAGUCAGAUUAGAUAUAUAUACCACCUAAACACUGGAGAAGACCUACAGAGUGGUACCACAUCAGCAGCCAUUGAGUCCAGUAUUAAGGUAUUAAAUAUCAGUUUAGGGUACCCACUGCCAAUUCAGUCUGUGUCUAAACAAGAAACAGAAACAAUUAACGUUCUAAAAGCUCACAAGUUUCUCCAAGAAGAGGUAAAAAAUAAUCAGGAUUAUGGCUUGCAUGGGCUACUUGCUGUCACUUUGAUACAGGAUGCACACAAGCUGAUCCUGAAAGACCUGCCAUUAUGUAAGAAUUACACCAAGCCAGGUGUUUUCAGUGAAAUAGAGCGGUAUGUGGAGUAUCGGGAAGAACUUUAUCGUUAUAAGAAUCCAGAAAAUAUGGAAGAAAGCGUCCAGACGUUGCUGGAUAGAUACAAUGAUUUGAUGACACAUUGUGUUAAAGAAGAGAAGAACUUAGAGCUUCGUGUUCGUAACAUGUUUAAGACUUGUGGCUGGUUGUUGUUUGAGCUUUUGGAUUUGCAUCCUUUCUCGGAUGGCAAUGGUAGGUUAUGCAGGUUACUUUGUAGCUAUGCCCUGUCAUCCAUGACCCCGUUUCCAACUCAGGUGUACGAUGUUUGGAGUGAAUCAAAGAAGGAAGAAUAUUUGGAUGCACUUGUAGCCACAAGGAAGUCAGAGACUCGGCAUCCUGCGAGUCUGACUUCCAUGUUGAUAGAACGCAAUUAUUAUGAAUGGAAGAAUUUUUUUUCUAUUUUAGAAGGUGAGACCUAGAGUCAAAAAAUGGAUUUUUAACAAUGUUUAGAAAUGAAUUGUAGAAUGUAAGAAUGAUAUAUAAUUCAGAAUUAUAU